CUACUAUAGUACACAAUUUUUUGAAUUUUGAAUCUACCUUUUUCUUGCAUGUUUUGUCCAUCAAAUUACACAAUGGAUUCAUUUGUAGCCGUCCACUUUAUCAGAUCGAACGGCCCACAUUACCCGGAUUCGCCACCCACCUAUUCCCGCCAAAGGCUGAGAACUCAGACGCCUCUUCUGGAAAACUCUACAACCCACGCUCGCCUCCAGCAAAUUGAUUCCCGCCAAGGCUCCAGCAAAUCAAUUCCCCGCCAAGGCGCAACCUCGCUCACUUCACCACCACAUCCAUAUGCUCUGUAUGAAAUUUCUCUAGCGUGUACGUCACACACCGCGAUCUCCGUCAGCUCAUACCCACCGUCCACGCCCCCAGUUCCUUCCAAUCACGUCAACAUCCAGAUUGCAGCUCCGCCAUCGUCUCCUUGCAAGCUUUGUCUUGGUUCGAAUUUUCUUGCUGCCUGUUGAGUCCAGGUUCAUGAGAGCUGGACAUCCUACUACAACCAGCUGACCAUAGUGCCACCGACGGAUUAACCACAAGUGAGCUAUUCCUUCUCUAGGUGGCCCAUCCUAAUCUGUUCCUUUGGAAUUCUGUGAUGAUUCUUUUGCGUGCGAAUGUUACGCAAGUGAUCCUUCUUGCUAUCAAUUAUAUGAAAUACAUAUUCACUGGUCUGACUGUAGCUGUUGAUUUUUCUGCUUUUCUUGCACGCAAGGUGUUUGUGCUUUUGUCCAAGCAGCUAUCUGUUGGUAGACUAUAAAAGGCAGUGCUAUUCUGAACAUAAAGCACAUGUUCAUUCUGUUCAUGUCUCAUAUCCGUUUGCAAAUUUGAGUAUGCUUUAAUUAUUUUUCUCGGAUUUGGCAAGCUAAAAAUGGUCUAAUGCUUAUAUACUGUAGGUUGUGGCUGAAAAUACCUGGCUUAUAACAAUCAAGAAUCAAAGUAAUAACCGCUAGCCGUCCAGUAAAACCCAAUAGAUGGAAGGCCGAGUUCCUUUCAGAGAUAUUACAAAUGUUCACUCGACGACUUCACCAAAAGGGAAUCAACUAGCUGUGGUUGCAGAGCAGAAUGAUCCUUUAGCAGAAACCAAAAACGCUAUGCAAAUGAAUUCUUCCCAGCGUAAGCUUUACCACGACCGGGAUAGGUAUUUGCAAAUGACUCCAUAUCAGAGGGAAGCCUAUCUGCAAAGGAAUCGUGAGUAUAAAAGAAUGCGGCGUGAGUGCAGUGCAAGUUGUAACAACACACAACCAGCACCACAACAGAAAAUUUUGAGAGCUACUAAUAAUAACCAAUACAUGACAGGAGAGGAAGUCAUGGCCAUUUCAAACUAUGAGAGGCACGAUUCAGUUUUUACUCAGCUAGGGUCUUCAUCAAAAGGCAAGCAAGUGGCAGAAAAUGGUGGUUUUGAGACAAGCCGUCCAAAAGCUGGAACUCGGUUCACUAUCAGUCCAUCUGGCAUAUAUUUAUCAUCAAUAUCCUCGGAAGAACAAGCUGCAAAAUAUGAAUUGAAAAAUGUAGGUCAGCGUAAGCGGCAACAUUGCACCAAUGUGUACUCACAACUGUCACAUGACCAAGAAGAAACACACGUACAAGAGAUUUGUGGCCCUAAUAAAAGAAAGAGGUCAGAAAAAGAAAGUUGUAGUACCGCACGGGAUCCUGGUAGAAAUACCAACAACUUGCAUGAAGACAUCAUUUAUGUGCCCCAGGAUUAUUUUCCUGUCGUUCAUGAUUAUCUGGCAAAUACCAAAGACAACAUUGAGUGCGAUGAAGUGGACGAUGAAAGUCUUAUGUAUAAUGGACCAGGUCUUGACUUUGAAUCAUAUCAAGAACCAAAGCAUGUUACAAAAUGUAUACAAGCAGACCCAUAUGAUCGUAUAUAUCAUAAUGUGCCCAGUGGUCAUCAUUUUCUAGAGCGAGUGCCCAACUGUAGACAUUGUAAUGUGAAAAGGUUCCAAUAUGAGACACCAACUUUUUGUUGCAUGAAUGGAAAGGUGAAGAUAGUAACCCCAGUGGUUCCUGACGAUUUGCGUCAGUUGUACACGAGUCAGGAUCCAAAUGCAAAAUACUUCCAAGAUCAUAUACGGUACUUCAAUUCUCAUUUCUCUUUUACCUCUCUUGGUGUCAUCUUGGACCAAAGGUUCUGCAAUAGGAGGUCUGGAGUUUACACCUUUCAUGCACAGGGCCAAAUUUAUCACCGUAUUGACCAGUUGGUUCCAAAAGAAGAUGGCCCCAAGCAUUUACAGUUAUACUUCUAUGACACGGAUGCAGAUUUGCAACAAAGAUUUCUUCACUCGCCUAACUUAAACCAAAUUCUCAUCCGGAAGUUAGUAAAUAUACUUUCAAGUAACCCUUAUGUACAAAUAUUUAGACACCUUGGUUCUAUUCCAAACCUUGAUGAAUAUAUGAUUGAGCUCAAUACAGAUAUUGCCUUAGAUCAGAGAGUAUAUAAUGCUCCGACAACAUCACAAGUAGCAGCAAUCUGGGUCGAGGGAAAUAAUCCUCGAGGUCAUUUUGACAGGAGUAUCAUGGUGUAUGGUAAAUCGGACAAACCACAAUACAUAAAAGCAUAUCAUGGUUGCUAUGAUCCAUUGUCAUAUCCGCUUUUUUUCCCGAAAGGGGAAGUUGGAUGGAACUUGAAUUUACCAAAAGUUGGUCCCCAUGCUAGGAGGACGAGAAAUGAUCAAACAAAUGCUCUCAAUGAAGAAGGGAUGGAAAAGAGCCCUGGUUCUUGUGUGUCACCAAGAGAAUAUUAUUGUUAUAAGUUAUAAAUUCGAGAUGGAGAUUUCAACGUCUUACUAUUCGGAAGGCGAUUAACUCAACAGUAUAUUGUUGAUAUGUACAUCAAGAUUGAAUCAAUAAGGUUGGCUUUCAAUUUACAACCGUCAACUCAAGUUCUCAUACGUGCAGAUUUAUAUCAAGGAUUGGUUGAUAGCGUUGUAGCUGGUGAGACACGUGCAUGCAUGACAGGAAAGCGUAUUGUGCUCCCCCCAAAAUUUAUUGGAGGACCAAGAGACAUGCGUCGAAGGUAUUUAGAUACAAUGGCAUUGGUCCAGCGGUUCGGGAAGCCAGACUUAUUCAUUAGAAUGACUUGCAACCCGCAGUGGGAAGAGAUAACUAGAGAGUUGGAACCAGGCCAAUCACCACAAGAUCGUCCAGAUUUGGUAGCACGGGUCUUCAAGGCAAAGUUGGAGGAUCUUAAAGAUCUUUUAUUCAAGAGAAAAUUAUUUGGUGAAGUCGUCGCACAUGUUCAUGUAAUAGAAUUUCAGAAGAGAGGCCUACCGCAUGCACACUUCUUAAUUAUUCUGAAGUCAAAUUGUAAGAUUACUAAUCCAGAUCAAUAUGAUGAGAUAAUAUCAGCAGA